AUGACAUCAAACACAGUCAACGGCACCUCCGGCCAUGCCUUGGACAUUACUGUCCUGGGUUUGAACAGCGGGACGUCGAUGGACGGUAUCGACUGUGCUCUUUGCCGCUUCCGCCAGGAGACUCCCGAGUCGCCAAUGCACUUUGAACUGCUCAAGUAUGGGGAAAUCCCACUGGAGCCGGUAAUCAAGAAGCGGGUAAUGAACAUGAUUCUGCAUAACCAGACUUCGCCCUCCGAGUUGUCAGAAGUGAAUGUCAUACUGGGCGAGACGUUUGCAUCUGCGGUUCAUCAAUUCUGCAAGGACUAUCAGGUCGACAUCAACACCAUCGAUGUAUUGGGCUCCCACGGCCAGACUAUCUGGCUGCUUUCCAUGCCCGAGCCGGGGGAGACUCGGAGCGCGCUUACUAUGGCCGAGGGCUCAUUUUUGGCCUCACGCACCGGGAUCACCUCGGUUACAGACUUCCGUGUCAGUGAUCAGGCUGCCGGACGCCAGGGCGCUCCACUGAUUGCAUUCUUCGACGCGCUGGUGCUGCACCAUCCAACUAAACUACGGGCAUGCCAGAAUAUCGGCGGCAUCGCCAAUGUGUGCUUCAUUCCGCCAGAUACUCACGGCGGCGUGGACGAAUGUUAUGACUUUGAUACCGGCCCAGGCAAUGUGUUUAUCGACGCCGUGGUGCGCCACUACACUAACGGCGAACGUGAGUACGACAAGGACGGCGAGAUGGGUGCGCGUGGCACCGUUGACCAGGAGCUCGUCGACGACUUCUUACGCCACCCAUACUUUGACCUGGACCCUCCCAAGACCACCGGGCGUGAAGUUUUCCGCGACACCCUCGCGCAUGAGCUGAUCACCAAGGCCGAGGCCAAGGGUCUUCGUGCUGAUGAUGUGGUGGCCACCAUCACCCGUGUCACGGCCCAGGCCAUCGUGGACCACUACCGUCGCUAUGCACCGAAGGAUCUGGAGAUUGCGGAGAUCUUCAUGUGCGGCGGUGGUGCAUACAACCCGAAUAUCACGGCGUUCAUCCAGAAGAACUAUCCCAACACCCGCAUUAUGAUGUUAGACGAAGCCGGGAUUCCCGCUGGUGCAAAGGAGGCCAUCACCUUUGCCUGGCAGGGUAUGGAGGCCGUUGUGGGCCGCUCUAUUCCCGUCCCCACGCGCGUUGAGACUCGCCAGGAGUACGUGCUUGGAAAGGUAUCUCCGGGCAAGAACUACCGCAAGGUUCUGCGCCAGGGUAUGCUCUUUGGUGCGGGUCAUGAUCACCUCUCUCCGGUUAAGGAGCUGGUGAACUAUGUUGAUGGAAAAGUGUUCAACAACAAGUGGUGA